AUGGCGAAGAGACAGAAAAUACUGGUUGUUGGCGCCGGCCCGGUGGGUUCCCUUGCGGCAUUGUACGCAGCAAAUAGGGGCCAUGACGUUGAAAUCUACGAACUUCGGAGUGAUCUUCGUGAUCCCUCAACAACGCCACUAAACUUCACCAAAUCCAUCAACUUGGCGCUCUCAGAACGUGGUCUCAAUGCCAUGCGCCAUGCAGGCCAAGCGAGACUCAUAGAUCAUGUCCUGAGUGCCACCAUUCCCAUGCACGGCCGCAUGAUCCACGGCCGGCGAGCAAAUGGCCAACUCUACGAGGAAUCGCAAGCCUACGAUGUUCAUGGCAGAGCCAUCCUCGCCAUCGACCGCGGCGGCCUCAACAAGCGGCUGCUUGACAUUUUGGAGGAGAUGCCAAACGUCACCUUCUUCUUCAAUCAUAAGCUUACAGGGGCCGAUUUCCGGAGGAACAAGGCAUGGUUCGAAGUGCGGGGAACAGAGGCCGACAAUCAAGGGCAGCGAGCUCGCGAGAUUGAGACUGGUUUUGACCUCAUGAUUGGCGCCGAUGGUGCUCAUUCUGCGGUUAGGUACCACAUGAUGAAGUACACGCGCAUGGACUACCAGCAACUAUACAUCGACACAUUGUGGUGCGAGUUCCAGAUCCAACAAAAGCCGACACCCCCGGAUGCAGCCUUGAAAUCCAAGUUCCGGAUAUCGCCGAAUCAUCUGCACAUCUGGCCAGGCCGGGAUUUCUUGUUCAUAGCCAUUCCUAGCGAAGACGGCUCCUUCACUUGCACCCUCUUCGCGCCGGCCUCUCUCUAUGAGCGGCUAGAAUCUGACUCAACCGGCUCUCUCAUCACGUCCUUCUUCGACGAACACUUCCCUGGCGUGACUUCCCUCAUCCCACCGGCGGAGCUGAUUUCCUCGUUCCGCCAGAACCCACACCUACCGCUCAUCAGCAUCAAGUGCAAGCCGCAUCACUACGGCUCCUCGGCUGUGCUGCUCGGCGACGCCGCACACGCCAUGGUGCCGUUCUACGGGCAGGGCAUGAACGCGGGGCUGGAGGACGUGCGCAUCUUGUUCGACAUUCUGGACAAGCACGCGCGCAUGGACGAGCUCCUGAGCGAGAGCAGCGGCGACAGCAGCGACCGUGCUGCCGCAUCCCGCGCUCGCGCCCUGGCCGAGUACUCGGCCGUGCGCAUCCCCGACGCCCACGCCAUCAACGACCUCGCGCUGCAAAACUAUGUCGAGAUGCGUGCCUCGGUCCUGUCGCCCGUUUACAGGCUCCGCAAGUUCAUCGAGGAAAGCCUAUCCAAGUAUCUCCCAGCGCUCGGCUGGCAGACGAAAUACGCGCGCGUGUCGUUUGGCAACGAGAGGUACUCGGAGGUGGUGGCCCGCAGCGAGCAUCAGGGCCGCGUGCUCGUACGUGGGCUGGUGGGCGCCGUCGGGCUGCCCCUUCUGGCGGGCGGGGUGCUGCUUCUCCUAAGGUACAGGAGGACAGUGGAUGUCGGGCUGAGGGCGGCGUUUGGAUCGGUCGAUUCAAUGGUGGACUUGAUGGCGAUGAGGGCUUGA